UCGGUUCAUUUGCCUUCGUCUUCAACUGGAGGAUAUGUGCGUGACAGAGAUGAGUAGUCUUGCAAUGGCUUCCUCACUGGGCCAUCCAUUUGCUCUGCCUUCCAGCUCCAGGCCCUAUGUGCGGAGGAGAAGAAAAUUCAGAACAAAACCCCUAAGAGUGGCACUGGUGGAGGCAAGGCCUCGACCAACGGUUCCUGUAAUCGAUAGAGAUGCGACCACCAAUAGAAACAGUGAGCUGCAAAUUAAUGGUUCGGUAACAGCAGGGGAGAUCUCCGUUCUGUCCUGCAGGGAUCGAACGGAUGAUAUGCAAGCCGAAGCCAGGGCCAUGGCCCGGGCCGCCAAUGCUUCCGUCUAUAGCCCCGCUCUUCUCGCAACGAAAUAUGGCUCUCGCCCCAUCAAGGUAUUACGGAGGGCGCUUGAAAUAUUUACGGGUUUAGGUUCAUUUGCCAUAAACCUGUGGCUCGAUCAGUUGAACGGCCUGGCUAACCGGAAUAGAAGAUUGCGGGCCGUUGAGCUCAGACAAACAUUCACGAGAUUGGGACCUACUUUUGUUAAAAUUGGCCAGGGCUUGUCCACUAGACCUGAUCUUUGUCCACCGGAGUAUCUUGAAGAGCUCUCUGAGUUGCAGGAUGCUUUGCCCACAUUUCCAGAUAUAGAAGCAUUUUCUUGUAUUGAGAGAGAGUUGGGGCGUCCACUAGAUUCAAUCUUCUCAGCAAUAUCCGCAUCUCCUAUUGCUGCAGCCAGUCUCGGUCAAGUUUACAAAGCUCAGUUGAAGUACUCAGGUCAGCUUGUUGCUGUGAAGGUUCAACGGCCUGCAAUUGAAGAGGCAAUAGGAUUGGAUUUUUACCUGAUAAGGGGAUUAGGUUUCCUCAUAAAUAAAUAUGUUGACAUCAUUACUAGUGAUGCCAUUGCUCUUAUUGAUGAAUUUGCACGUAGAGUUUAUCAAGAGCUCAACUAUGUCCAGGAAGGGCAGAAUGCAAGGAGGUUUAGGAAGUUGUAUGCUAACAAAGAAGAUGUCCUUGUGCCAGAUAUCUUCUGGGAUUACACAAGUGGCAAAGUUUUAACAAUGGAGUGGAUUGAAGGUGUUAAAUUGAACGAGCAAGAUACUAUUGAGAGACAAGGGCUAAAAGUCUUGGAUCUGGUUAACACAGGCAUCCAAUGCAGUCUUCGACAGUUACUUGAGUACGGAUAUUUCCAUGCAGAUCCUCAUCCUGGAAAUCUCUUGGCCACACCUGAGGGAAAGCUUGCUUUUCUUGAUUUUGGAAUGAUGAGUGAAACUCCUGAGGAAGCCAGACUUGCUAUAAUUGGUCAUGUUGUUCACCUAGUUAAUCGAGACUAUGAAGCUAUGGCCCGUGAUUACUAUGCUUUAGAUUUUUUGGCACCUGAUGUGGAUGUUUCUCCAAUUGUACCAGCACUGAGGAACUUCUUUGAUGAUGCCCUCACUUUGACUGUGAGUGAACUGAACUUCAAAACUAUUGUGGAUGGUCUGGGUGCUGUUUUGUAUCAGUUUCCAUUUAAUGUUCCAGCUUAUUACGCAUUGAUUUUGAGGUCUCUUACGGUGUUAGAAGGUUUAGCCCUGUAUGCUGAUCCUAAUUUUAAAGUGCUGGCUGCUUCGUAUCCAUAUUUUGCUAAAAGGCUUCUUACAGAUCCUAACCCAUAUCUGAGAGAUGCUCUUAUAGAGCUGCUUUUCAAGGAUGGGAGGUUCAGGUGGAAUAGACUUGAAAACCUGCUUGUCCAGGGGAAGAAAGAUAGGGAUUUUUCCGCAAAGGAUGCAUUACAGCCUGUCCUUAAACUUUUGCUUGGUCAAGAUGGUGAACCACUAAGGGUCUUAGUGGUCAAAGAGGCCGUCCGUGUUACUGAAGCAAUUUUUUUUGGCACCUUGCUUGAGUCUUACAACUCUAUGCCUGCGUUUAUGAGGACUGUUAUUGCAAAUGGUAAUAUGACUGGUCCUUUCAUUACAAGCAUUGCGGAACAGGAAAGCAUGAUGGAGCUUAGGGCACAAGUAUUUCGGAUAUGGGAGCUUCUGCGAUCCUCAGAGAAUUUUGACCCUGCUUUAUUGCAACCCAUAUUGCAGGUGCUUCAACAGCCUGAGGCUCGCAGCCUAGGGGGUCGCGUAUUUGGUGGAAUCACUCAGCGCCUUGCAGCACGCUUGCUGCAACAAGUUCUUAGAUCUCCCACUCCCUCGACACUCUCUACGUCAAUUUCAUAAGCAUUGUCUUGAAGCGAAAUCUUCAAGCUUUCUUUUUUAACAAAUCAAGGAUGUCAGCUAGGUAUUGGAUCAUAAGAUGACUUCAAAUUGUUGCUUAAGGUGGCCAAUGCGCAAGAGCCCUUGGAAAAAUUACCUUAACAUCAUUUACUUGUAAAAUGAUGUAAAAUGUGAGUGUAUCGAGGUGCAAAAACAUACAGCUGUUUGUGUGGAUGCCGAGAGUAAAUGAAUGAAGUUGAAGACUUCUAUUUAGUAGUUUUAGAUCAUGUAUUUAGUUCUCCUACGAAGUAUUCAAUGCAAAAAAUGAAUCUUGAGGAGAAUUCAUGUACUAAUCUUGUAGACAAACACAAUGGACAUCCACAUCCUUUUGUCAUUAUUCCAUAACAGCUUUCCUUUUUUUUUU